AUGUUCCGGUUUGGCCCAAAUUUUGGUGUUGCAACAGCACGUGACCAUGUUCAAGAUGCAAUUAAUCCAUCAGCUAACGCCAUUGAUCUGACACUCGAUGACGUGCCUCAAAACUCGAAACGUCGCCGCUCGUUCUACGAGGAUUCCGACGACGACAAUAGUGCGAAUCGAGCGUCGAAGACGGCGUUGGAUUUGAUUCGACAGAGUCGUAAACGUUUCGUAGCAUCUACAAAGUCUUUUCAGGUGAAAAAACCAUCCGUAGAGACAUUAGGAGCUCCAUGUUACUAUUUAGACUCAGAUCAAGAGCCACAGGAUUUAUUGAUUCACGCAAACAAGAAGGUGUUUGGUAAUGAUUGUUUCCGACAGAAUCAACGACAAGUGAUAGAGACUACAAUGCGUGGUGAAGAUUGUUUUGUACUAAUGCCUACAGGAGGUGGAAAGAGUCUUUGCUAUCAAUUACCAGCUAUCUUGUCAAAAGGCGUGACAAUUGUAGUUUCACCACUACUGUCGCUUAUUCAAGAUCAAGUUACAGCUUUGGUUCAAAAUCCACACUGUGGAAUUCCAGCUGCAUUUUUGACAAGUCAAACAGUGUUAACACUUAAGAACGCUAUCACGGCAGAACUACGACGACCUGUACCUAGUGUCAAAUUACUCUAUUUGACACCUGAGAAAAUUGUCAAGUCAGACGAGAUGAUGAACUUGCUACAGAUUUUAUAUCGCAAUAAGGCACUUGGCGAGCUAGGAUUAUUGAAAAAGACUUUUCCAGACAUGCCGCUUAUGGCAUUGACGGCUACUGCGCCACCUAAGGUCAUUCAAGGUGUGCAGCGUUCACUCCGUAUUUCAAAAGGGCUAGUGUUUUCAAUGAGCUUUAACAGACCGAAUCUUACAUUUGAAGUGCGCGACAAACCGCGUGUUAGCGACAAGAAGGCCAUGGAGGCUCUCUACGAGUUUAUUUCAACAACGUAUUCGCCCCACGAGUCCGCGACGGACCGACAUAUGGUGCAAGAAGCGUGGCAGAAUGGACAGCUUAGUAUCGUGUGUGCAACGAUUGCAUACGGGAUGGGCAUUAACAAGCCGGACGUUCGCUUCGUGAUCCACUUCUCGUCCACGCGACGUGUCCAAAUUGCGCAGCAUCCUUUUAUGCCUCAGAAGGGAAUGACUAAGAAAACGCGUGCUGUGCACAUGGAAAAACUCCGAUCCAUGGCCGAGUAUUGCGAGGACAAAACGACGUGCCGUCGUCAACUACUUAUGUCGUACUUUGGGCCAAACGUUUCAGCGCUCGGAAUGCAAGCGAACGUGUGA